ACCUAGUUCCACACGGAAGGGCGUUCAUUUUAUUAAACGAUCUCCUGUGAAUAUUUUAGCCUGUGAGCUGCGGACACUAAUUUCUUCAGUGAAACGCCUUUAUCAUCUUUUCCUGUCUGUUUUAAGUGGAAUAUUUGGUUUAGUCGACAUGUUCUUGGUGUUUGUGCUUCUCUGCUGGCAAGCAACAGGCCUGCAUGCCUUUUCUGCCAGCUCGAAUACACUGACCGUUAGGGUCCCAGAGAACAGCGGAGCCGAUCUGAAAUGUGACUACUCGGCUGAUUUUGGGGCAACACCUCGAGUGGAAUGGAAAUUUAGUAGUAUAACAGGCUCGCAGUCCUUCAUCUACUUUGAUGGCCAGAUUACAGAUAAGUAUAAAGGACGGAUGACUCAGUACCAAGGCGGUUUGAGGAUUGAAAAAGCCACCAGACAAGACACUGGCGAUUAUUCCUGUGAAGUGUCCGUUAAUGGUGGCUAUGCUGAAGUUACGAUUAAACUAACCGUGCUCGUUCCUCCUUCUGUGCCGAUCAGCCGCAUCCCCACCUCGGCCACAACAGGUCGCAGCGUCCUACUGACUUGUUUCGAUAAGGAUGGUUCUCCUCCGUCUACCUAUAAAUGGUAUAAAAAUGGCACCCCUUUGCCUGAUGACCCCAGCAAGUUCCCCAACUUUAAGAACUUGACAUACAAGCUGAACAGUCUGAACGGCAACCUGGAGUUUCCCAGUGUGAGUAAGGCAGACAGCGGAAGUUAUUACUGUGAAGCUUCCAAUGGGCAGGGGCCUGCUCAGCGUGGACCAGCUGUGGUCAUGGAAGUCCGUGAUUUGAACACAGGAGGUAUUGUGGCCGGCGUUCUUGUAGCACUGCUUGCUAUUGCGUUGCUUUGCUUUGCUGUGUGGUUCGCCAAUAAGAAGGGAUAUCUGCCCAAAAUGUCCGAAAGCAAGCCCAAAACAGCGGUGUAUACACAGCCUAGACACGACUAUGGUGAUGGUGAUGAGGAUGAUGGGGAGUUCAAACAGAAGCAGUCCUUCGUGGUGUAGCCUCGGUUUGUACUGGCGGAGGUGUCAAUGGUUUUUCCUUAUUCCAUCAACUCCAGCUCUGGGAUUUCUGUGUGCUUUUAAACUGCUUGUCAUUCUGAACUGUUUGCACCGACUCUAAGGUAGCAGUAUGCUUCAGAACCAUCCACUGAAUCAUCUCUUUGCACCUUACCAAAUGACAUCACUGACCAACAAUAAGAUCAAUACAGCUUCCCCUGGUGUAAAACGGAAUUAAAAUGAGAAUCCUGGCUGUCACCAUGAGAAAGGCGAAAAGAAUGAGCUUGUUCUUUGUCAUUUAGAUUUGCUGUUUUAUUUUGUGUUUAUUUUGAAUUUUUGUACAUGAAUGAGGUGUUGUUGUUUUUUUUUUGGUUUUUUUUGAGGCAAAACAUUUUAACAAAAGAACAAAUUCGUUUGGAUAUGAGACAAAUGUGCUUGCUUUAAUAUGUAAACCUUUUAAACCUUGAAGUCUUUCUUGCUUUGACAUUGUACAGGUGUGUGUGUGUGUGUGUGUGUGUGUGUGUGUACAUUUGAUUAACUACAUUUGUAUAUCUUGUUUCUUCUUAAUUUGACAUAGUUGGUGUAUUUAAAAUGAGAGACAAGGUAGUCAACUGCAAUUCUGAUAUUUAUGUGAAGGAACAUGAUCUGUACUGUUUACUUGUUUAGUUAAAACUUUGGUCUAGCUUUGUUUUUCUCUCUGAAAUAUGUAUAUCCAUGUUAGCCUUCUAACUUGUUUCAUUUGAUCCACCCAAUAAGCUGUUAAACCGAGCUUGUAGCAUGUGUGUCUGGACAUUUGGGGCAUGAUAAUCCAUUAAGUUUAAUAUCUGACAUGCUCUGAUGUCAGUAUGUACACUAACAUGCAAAAUAAUAAAUCCUGUCCAACUUGUUUAUAUUAAA